UCCCUAGGUAUCUGUGCCUGAGGAGAAUGACCUUUCUCCAGUCAUGUUUGAUGACAGUCGCAGCUCCUGUCCCAGCUUUCCCAGCUCCAAUGGGAUUACUACUGAUGAUGCUGCUGCUGCUUCUGAGGUGUUCGGAACAUCUAUUGAGGAAGCUGUGAGAGAAAUGCGCUUUCGCAUUGAGCAGGAGACCAUGUUGACAGCCAUUGCAGAACGUAUUCAUUCUGGAAUUGCUCCCAACAUGAUGCUUGCCAAGGUGUGCAGUGACAAGAACAAACCCAAUGGCCAAUACAGAUUCUCUGGCAUUGGGAAGGUGAGUGAGAAGAUGCUGAGCGCUCUGGGCGUCAGUAGUUGUUCUGACCUCACACAGCAGAUGGCACUGCUGUCCCUGCUCUUUUCAGAAACAGCCUGGCAUCAUUUGAUGCAGGUGUCACUCGGUCUGGGCUCCACAUACAAUAACAGACAUGAAGAAAGGGAAAGCAUGAGCACGGAAAGGACAUUUAAAGAACUGAACAAGGCAGAGGAACAGUUUUCUCUGUGCAGGCAACUCUGUGAGGAUUUAGCAGAAGACCCAAAGAAAGAGAACCUGAAGGGUAAAACAGUGACCCUUAACCUGAAGAAUGUGAACUUUGAGGUUAAAACAAGAGCCCUGACAUUGCCGUGUGCUGUUGCUACAAUGGAACAGGUCUUUGACCUACUGAAAACAGAAAUAGAACAUGAAAGGCCCCAGCUGCAUAGACUGAGGCUCAUGGGUGUUCGGAUUUCUGCUUUUGUCAGUCCGGAUGAUAAAACGCAUCAUCAGAAAAGCAUUGUUGGCUUCCUGCAGCCAGGCAAGGCUGACCAAUGUGGUGGCUCUGUCAAAGUCUGUUAUCUUUCUGUGACAAAACCAAGCGCUGCUGUACCACCAUCACAGAAAAUAAAAAAAAUCAAGUUCCCUGGCUGAAGAAGCAGAAGAAAGAAGAAGGAGGUCAGGCUGGUGAGGAACCCCAGCAUUCAUUCUUUCAACAGGCUGUUUGUUUUAAUUUCAGGUAUACAUAUAGAGCCAUAAACUUUUUUUGUGUGUUUUCUGUCUGACAGUACAGUGUGGCACCCAUUCAUUAAGCUGCUUGGUUUGGAAGUUUGGAUAUCUUAAAGCUAUUAGUGAAGGCUGGAGCUGAACAGAAGGUUGAGAAUGAAGUAAUAAGGCAACAGAGUUUCUCUAUUCUCCAGGCAUUGACCAUCCAUCCAUCCAUCCAUCAUCAUCCGCUUAUCCGGGGCCG